UCACCCAAGCAGAUUAGCUGUAAGACCUUAAGACAAAACAGAGGAUACGUGCCCUGUGCUGCACACUGCUGAAAAUGUUCGCCCUGAAGACCCUCCUGGCCCUGGCUGUCAUCACAUCCCUGGCCGGAGAAAGUAAAGCACUGAAAUGCCACAAAUGCAUUGCGUCCAACGAGAACGACUGCAACAAGCAAGGUUCCCACAGCUGCCCCCAGUACGCCGACGCCUGCCUCACCAUCACUGCACCCAACAGCGUCAUUAAGUCUUGCUCCUACAAGUCCUUCUGUGACCAGCGUGGUAGCUCUGGUGGGGCCACACUGAAAUGCUGCUUCAGCGACAACUGCAACGGACCACCCCAGGGCUCCAGGAACAGUGGGGGGGCCACGCCGCUGCCCCUCCCCAGCCUGCUGGCUGCUGCAUUGGUGGGGAAGCUGCUGCUGAGCUGGCCAUGAGGGUCCCAGGCAAGGGGCGGCUGGCCCGGCGUAGCUGCUUGCUGCAAUAGCCUAGGGGUACGCGCUACGCACACCGGUGGGUUUGCUUGCUGCUUAAAGCGUGGGGGAGGCUGAGCCACCAUCACUCAAAUAAACGCUGCAGCUGAAAACUGUG